CACUGUAUAACAAAACCAAGCGCACCUGCCUUUUCAUGAUGACGGUGUUUGACACGUGACAGUGAUUACUUUACUCAACUUGAAAUCACGCUCACAGACCUGUUGAUGCUGAAACGGUGGUCCGGAAUGUUUCGUGAAAAUAUACCUACCUAACUAACCAAACAAGUAGUAGAGCCUGCGAGAGGAUGAGCGGCCUUGACAGAAAAGCCAGAGACCUGGUGGAGCUGUACAGGACCAGCCUAGAGCAGCGUAUUGAGCAGGGGGAUUGGAACCUGGUUUGUAAAGAUGAGAAGCUGUCCCAGCAGGUGGAGAGACUUCUGAGGGAUGACCGUGCCCAGGGUGUGCAUGCAUUCCCUGGGGUGGACCCCCUGCGGGUGAUGGAGGAGUCACUUCUUAGGGGAGGUCCUACCCCUAGCAGAGCAGGGGUGGCAGGUGGACUAGAUGGAUUGGCGAAGGCUUUUGAAGUAUUGGAACUAGCGGCUUUGAACCUGUACCUGUGUCCCUGGAGAAAGGAAUACCAGGUGGUAAAGAUGUUCUCAGGCAUGUUCACCCAUUACAUCAAGCCCUCACUGUCCGAAGCACAGAUGCUGGAGCUGUUCGGCUUGCUGGGAUACCAAGCUAGCAAAGCCAGGAACAGCGAGGAACUCUGCCUCAGUCUGCCAACACGCCCUCUGGACACUCUCCUCUUCCUUGCCUGUGCCUUUUUCACUGCCCGCUGUGAGUGUCGCAUCCUGCUGACGGCCUAUGACAAACACACAGGGGCCGGGGGAGUGUGUGGAGCUGGAGCUGGGGUUUGGACUCGGGCUGGGGCUGCAGAGUGGCAGCUCAGCCUGGUGCAGGAGAGACUGAGGGGACACAGCCUCGAGGUAGCCCUGGACAACACCAAGAGGAAGUUUGACACCCCAGCCCUGAAGGAGGACUUCCUGGAGUCUUCUGCCACGGGGAGAGAUCUGGAUCUGUACACGGCUGAGGGACUGAACCCCAGCCAGGGAGACAUGGGGCUGGGCAGGGACGGUCUGCAUUCACCCUCAUGGGCGAGUGUCAGUACUGGCACAUCACUGCCAGCUAUGAGAGACAGCAAUGGAGUCAGGGAGCCUGUCUGCACCUCAACACUGACCUACCGUCUGACAAGGAGCCCCUCUUCAUUGACCUCCAGCGCCAAGCCAAGGGAGAACUCAAACGAGCCCAGUAGAGGGGACUCCUUUCCUCCCAGCCUGUCCUCUCAUGUGUCUCCACCUUCACGGCCCCACGAGGCUCAAGAGCAGCACUCCCCAGUGCUUGUUGACCCCUCUGCAGGGCCCCUGGGAGGGAACCCCGCCCCUCAGCCCAUCCCCCUCCACGAGUGCUGCGAUCCGGCCGGCUCUCAACACCCAGAGCUAGUCUGUAAGAGUUGCUUGGUCUUCCAUGUCAAUUCCUGCAAAAACGUGGAGUACUGCAAGGAUCACCAUGACAUCUACAAUCUGGGGCUCUGUUCCAAGGGAUGCUCUCAGCCUCCAUAUAUGCUGUGCAGAUACUGCUAUGCCCAGUACUGUAAGAGAUGCUGGUUCCGAAAACCUCUGCAGUGUGACUGUGGCCAAACUUUUGACCAGUCGUCCUCAGUUUAGUUUGCUGACCGUAUAUCACACUGUGAUGCAUAGUUAACCGGCUAAACCACUGUGCCUUAACAGCAGUGCCAAAUAAUACUAUUUACUAAUACUAAUACUAAUUGGAAUUCAACUUUAGCAGUGAGAAUGGAAGCCUAUAACGUUUGCCUUAAACGUACUUCUCUAUCUGGAGGAACUCUGUUUUUCUAUUCUUCUGUUAAUGUUGUAUGUUCUGGCCUUAUGCUCAUUGUCAGCCUAUUUCAGCCAUUAAAGGGAGUUCUUAAUUUAAACAGCAUCUUUAACCUGUUUAGAGUUGUUUGAGAACUGUAAACUGGAGUGGCAUGUUCAAUCGUGCUUGUGAUCAAACUUCUGUCUGGAGAUAACAACAAAUGAGGAAUAAAUAAUGGAUUUUAAA